AUGAGCUACGCCCACCUGUCGGUGACGCUUCAAUACUCCCCGCAGUUUGAAGUCAAAUACAAGCGCCGCAAUUUCGCGACCCCCAAGAACUACUUGGACUUCCUGUCCAACUACAUGAAGUUCCUGGAAAACAACCGCAACAGUUUGGACCAGAUGUCAGGCCGCUUGGGUGGUGGUUUGGACAAGCUCGUGCAAGCAGCAGUUCAGGUCACCGAGAUGUCCAAGGAGUUGGAAGAAAAGAAAGCUAUUGUGGAUGAGAACGCCAUCAAGGUUCGCGAAUUGAUCGAUAUCAUCAACGAAAAGACUGAAGCUGUGACAAAGAGAAAGGAGGAGGCCAGUGCGGCUGCCGAGCAGAUCGAGAAAGACUCUGCCAUCAUCGAGAAAGAAAAGGCAGACGCAGAUGAAGCUCUGCAAGCAGCAUUGCCAGCUCUCGAGUCAGCGGCCAAAGCACUGGAGGCAGGAGUUGAUUGCGACAAUCCACUCGAAUGCUGA